AUGUGGCCGUGUGGGGGACGGCGGCAGCGCCGCCUCGGAGCCGUGGCGCUGCUCCUCGCCGUGCUGUGGCUGCUGCUGCGCAGGUAUUACCCCUGCCUGCUGCCGGUUGUUUCAGAGCCCUGUGAGAAUGCUGUGCUACUCAGGUUUAACUGGAGUGAGCUGACCCCUCUGGGGCUGUGGGGGAGGACCCUGGGCUUGCAGACAGAGAACUCCCAGUUCCUGCUGGAAGGGAUGCCCUUCCGCAUACUCGGGGGUUCCAUGCACUACUUCCGAGUGCCCCGGGAGUACUGGGAGGAUCGGAUGCUGAAAAUGAGAGCGUGUGGCCUCAACACCCUCACCACGUAUGUGCCGUGGAACCUGCACGAAAAGGAGAGAGGGAAGUUUGACUUCAGUAAAAACCUGGAUCUGAGGGCCUUCCUUUCCCUGGCAGCUAAAAACGGACUGUGGGUGAUUCUGCGCCCUGGACCUUACAUCUGCUCAGAAUGGGACCUCGGGGGUCUGCCCAGCUGGCUGCUGCAGGACCCCGAGAUGCAGCUGAGGACAACCUACAAGGGCUUCACAGAAGCUGUGGAUGCUUAUUUUGAUCACCUGAUGCACAUUGUUGUCCCUCUCCAGUACAAGAAAGGAGGUCCCAUCAUUGCAGUGCAGGUGGAGAAUGAAUACGGUUCCUAUGCCAAAGACCCAAACUACAUGACCUAUGUCAAAAUGGCCCUGUUAAACAGAGGGAUUGUGGAGCUGCUGAUGACCUCAGACAACAAGAAUGGGCUGUCCUUUGGCUUAGUGGAAGGAGCACUGGCCACUGUUAACUUUCAGAAACUGGAGCCUGGGCUGCUGAAAUACCUGGACACAGUACAGAAAGACCAGCCAAAGAUGGUGAUGGAGUACUGGACUGGGUGGUUUGAUAACUGGGGAGGCCCUCACUAUGUCUUUGAUGCAGAUGAGAUGGUGAAUACUGUAGCAAGCAUCCUCAAAACAGGAGCAUCCAUCAACCUUUACAUGUUCCAUGGAGGCACCAACUUUGGCUUCAUGAACGGGGCUUUGGAAGCUGAUGAGUACAAGUCAGAUGUCACCAGUUAUGAUUAUGAUGCUGUGCUGACAGAGGCUGGGGACUACACAUCCAAAUUCUUCAAGCUUCGACAACUCUUCAGCAUGGUCAUUGGCCAGCCCCUUCCUCUGCCCCCCAUGAUUGAAAGCAAGGCCUCCUAUGGUGCCAUCCUGCUGCACCAGUACAUCUCUCUCUGGGAUGUGUUGCCAGCACUUUUACAGCCCAUUAAGUCUGAGUUCCCUGUGAACAUGGAGAAUCUGCAUCUGAACGACAGCAUUGGGCAGCCCUAUGGAUAUGUGCUCUAUGAGACUGUCAUUUUUGGGGGGGGCCACCUGCACACCAGGGACCACGUCCGGGACCGGGCACAGGUGUUUGUUAACACCAUGUAUGUGGGAGAGCUGGACUACAACACAGUGGAGCUCUCCAUUCCUGAGGGACAGCAGGGCUUCAGGCAGCUGAGGCUCCUGGUGGAGAACCGUGGGCGAGUCAAUUAUGGGCUGGCACUGAACGAGCAGAGGAAAGGCUUAAUUGGUGACAUCUUCUUGAAUAAAACCCCCUUGAGGAACUUCAAGAUUUACAGUUUGGAGAUGAAACCUGCCUUCAUGAAAAGCUUGCAGCACGUGUCUGGCUGGAGCACGGUCCCGGAUUAUUUCGUGGGGCCGGCGUUCUUCCGUGGGAGGCUGUGGAUAGAGCAGCAGCCACAGGACACCUUCUUGAAGCUGCAGGGCUGGGAGAAAGGAGUGGUGUUUGUUAAUGGGCAGAACCUGGGAAGAUACUGGAAGAUUGGACCUCAGGAGACACUUUACCUUCCUGGGCCCUGGCUACGGAGAGGGGGCAACGAGGUUGUCAUCUUUGAGGAGCGCACGGCGGGCCGGAUCAUCCAGUCUGUGGACAUCCCUUACCUGGGACGGACCCAGUACGUGGAUUGA